CGUCGGCUACAUCAAAUUCGUCGCUCGCAAAAACUUGUUGCCUUUCUCAGUCUCUUGCACGCACAGUCUCAGUUGCUUUCUUUCCCCAACUCACUCAAAGUCUCAAAUGGCUGUUUCUCUCUGACCCAUCAAAUAUUAUCCCCUAAAACCCCUUCUAAACCCCCCAAAAUACCAUCUUCGUCUCAGAGAAUAUAAAAAGCAAGCAACUGAAUUCUCAACCCAAACCACUGUCUCUGAUCAUUAUAUCCUUUUUGAUCCUUGAAGUUCAAGUGAAUUUACGGUAAUGUCCAACUCGGGCGGGUUCGCCUUGACCCGGACACACGGUACUGACCGGUUCUACAACCCACCGCCAGUUCGGAGGCACCAGCAGUUGUUACUGCAGCAGCAGAGGCAGCUCCGGAGGGCUGUGAAGUCGGUGAACCGGGUCGAAUCGGGCGAGGCCGAGACGCGGACCGACUCGGACGAGUCGACAUUGUCCAGGCCCAACUCGGCAUGUUCGUCCUCUCCCCCGAGACAAGCCGAUUUGACCAACUUGGAUCGGGUUAUGGAAUCGGUCACUCCCUUUGUCCCAGCUCAGUUCUUCUCCGAGACAAGAGGGAAGGGAUGGAGAACUCGUGAAGCUGAUAUACAUCCAUCUUUUACUCUUGGUAACCUUUGGGAGUCUUUCAGAGAGUGGAGUGUGUAUGGAGUUGGGGUGCCACUGUUAUUGAAUGCCAAUGACUCCGUUAAACAGUACUUUGUCCCAUAUUUGUCAGGAAUACAAUUGUACAUAGACCCACAUAGGCUGAGGAAGCCUGGUGAGGACAGUGAUGCCGAGUCUUCAAGGGAGACAAGUAGUGCUGGCAGCAGUGAUUGUGAGCCAGAAAGGCGAGCCAAAAGUGUAGUUGAUGGAAUGCGGGGUCCGCACAACCCUAUGACCUUAAACUCCCAGAGAAUGAGCAGACUUACAUUGAGCGAUAAACCUCCUCUCAAUUCAUCCAGUGAUGAAGCUGAGGUUUGCAGCCCACCUGGGCUGCUUGUAUUUGAAUAUUUUGAACAAGAACAACCACAUCAUCGCCCACCUUUGUUUGACAAGGCAGGUCCAUUUUCUUUGAGAUUUGUGUAUUUCAUUCAUUUUCUUUGUCUUGACUUGGGUGCUUGUUGGAUCUUACUCUGCCCCUGCCCCCACCCACAUCCACAGGUUUCAAAUCUUGCAUCUCAAUUUCCAGAGCUAAGGUUGUACAAGAGCUGUGAUCUUUUGCCUGCAAGUUGGCUUUCUGUGGCUUGGUAUCCGAUAUAUAGAAUACCUGUAGGCCCAACAUUACAAAGUCUGGAUGCAUCUUUUCUUACCUUCCAUUCCUUAUCGACAAACUCCAGGAUAAAAAAUCAACCACAGUUUCAUGCUUCAAGUGGCAGGAUGGUCUAUGGAGUUGAUUCAUCCUCAAAGAUUUCUUUGCCUGUUUUCGGCCUUGCAUCCUAUAAGUUAAGAGGUUCCAUUUUGACCCCCAGUGGAGCCUAUGAGUGUCAGCAAGCAAACUCUCUAUUGCAGGCUGCUGACAAUUGGCUCCGGCGUUUGCAGGUUAAUCUUCCUGAUUUUCAGUUCUUUGUUUCCCACAACUCACAAUGGAGAUGAUAUAAGUUCCAAGUUGUCGCUUUUUGGAAUGGGAUGUGAUUGAAGAUAACUGCCCUAGCCUAAAAACCCUCCUAAGUAAGGCUUGAUUUUCAUCGUUGUGAUCCAUAAAACUAUUUAAGUUUCUACUCAGAAGCAGAACUUUUGACAAGAAAGAGGAAAGAAAAAAAAACAGGAACUUUUGGCUUCAGUAAGGGAAAGGAAAUUGGUUAUUCAACUAGAAGUCUGCAGGUGCAGGAAAUGCUGCUAGGCACAAGGCAGCUGUUGUGUUGUAUUGGGCAGGGCAUGGAAGACAGGGAUACAGACAACAUUGGGAUCGGAUGGCCUCACUUGUUUUGUUGUGUUUGGGAGGGGGCAUCUCGUAAUAUGUGAUCUCCUUAUGUUGGGGGUUUACUGACCCCAUCAGUGAUUUUUUUGACAAGCCUGUAGAAAUAGUGAUGAAAAUUUGGGAAA